AUGACGGGACGACGUGAUCAGCAUCAAGGGACCCCCAGGGCUUUGAAGAAGAUUGCCGGCGUGCGUUUACCGCAUAAAGACUCCUCGGAACAAUGGGACAUCACUAUCGAAGACGGCAAGAUAUCGUCUGUUGACGCUCACGACAGAUCACUCGACCUGAGUGCCACUGACGUUCUCGAUGCAAACAACAGGCUCAUAGCGCCCUCGCUUUGCCAUGCCCACAUCCAUCUCGACAAAUGCUUCCUGCUCCAGGAUCCCAAGUACAGUGACCUCCAGAUCGAAAGCGGCGACUUCAAAGAGGCCAUGGAGAUGACUGGAGAGGCAAAGUCAAGAUUCGAGGAAGAGGAUUUACUCAGAAGAGGUGGCUUGCUCAUCGAGGAGAGUAUCCAGCAUGGCGUUACAGCAAUGCGAGCGUUUGUUGAGGUGGAUGGCGUAGUGCAGUUGAAGUGCCUAGAGGCUGGCUUGAAGUUGAAGGAGCAGUACAAGGACAUAUGUGACAUUCAGAUUUGUGCCUUUGCGCAGUUGCCGCUCUUUUCUGGACCAAACAACGGUGCGGAAGUUCGAGAAAUGAUGACUACAGCAGCGUCCAAAGAAGAGGUUGAAGUACUUGGGAGCACGCCAUACGUGGAAGUCGACGAGAACAAGUCGAAAGAGAACGUGCGUUGGAUCACCCAGCUGGCACUGGAGCAUGACAAAAACCUGGACCUUCAUCUGGACUACUUUCUGGAGGAAGACAAACAACCACUUGUUUGGGACGUUCUAAAGAUCCUGAAGGAGCAGGACUGGCCCAAGUCUGGAGGCAGACAGGUCACGCUCGGCCAUUGCACGCGUUUGACACGCUUUAAAAAGGACGAGUGGCUACGUCUAAAGCAUGAAAUCAGUGAGCUGCCUGUCUCCUUUGUCGGCCUGCCUACGUCGGACCUAUUCAUGAUGCGUACACCGGAGAACCUACGUGGCACACUACCCGUCACAGAGCUCAUCAAAGACUACGACCUCAAUGGAGCAAUCUCUAUCAACAACAUCGGUAACGCAUUCACACCGCAAGGCAACUGCGAUCCACUGAGUCUAGCUCAGCUCGCGGUUGGUCUGUAUCAGGCCGGCACAAAGAACGAUGCGGAGCUGCUUUAUGAAACCGUCUCAAAUCGAGCGAAGGCUGUCAUUGGCCACAAGCCAACAUUGUUGAACCUGGAACCUGGCCAACCAGCGGACUUCGUGUUGUUUGACACUUUCGAAAGCAGCUGGAGAUGCAGAAAGAGCAUAGUUGAAGUGGUCUAUGAUGCUGGGACGGGUGGCUACCCACACGAUAACCUGGAGCUGUACAAGGUACUGCGAGGUUUCAAAUGUGAUGGAAAAGCCCCGUGUAUUGUUCCAGGCUAUGAUAAUUCGCACACGCCCGCGCAUAGACGUGGAAGCGACAUCAUGGAGUCGCAAGCAACUCCCGUUCAGACCUCCAUCGGCGCCUUGUCAACGGCGUUUCUUGCGAAUGUGAAGCUCACGUUCGGCGAGUCACAGGAGGCAACCACCAUCUUCGGUGCACUCUGUGAGUUUCGACAAGGCAGAGCUUCGAAAAGAGAAACCAUAUCGACUAUCUCCGAAGCGCUUGGCAACCAUCACGACCUCAAGCGUGAUCUCCAGAACAUACUCGACCACCAAGACGCACGAUGGGGAGCCGGUGACUUCGACAACCUACCACUAGCACUGGUCGAGGGCCAACCACCACAGUUCCUUCAGCCUGUUCAUGAGCCUCAGAUGCGCCAUCCUUUCCUCUCAUCUCCCUGGGACUCCAACAACGGUCUCCUAACGACGUUCAGCCCGAUGGGUCUGACCGGCUUGUCCCAAUACUCGACCUUCGCAAAGUCAACUGAGCAGCCAGCGCUCAUGCCCCAGAACGGGCCCGAUUCCUCGCACCCUCCCAGCCGCGCUAUGCUAUCUUCGCCAUUCGUCCCAGAUCUUGUUGGUCCAUCGCGUGCGCAGCCCACAUAUCCUGGCAUCGACCAAACAUCAGGCUUCCUACCCUACCCACGUCCCAAACAAAUCUUCGGCACGAAUCCGUCACAGCCGGAGCAAAGCAACAUCCCGCAAGAAUCUCCGUACCUUGAGCCGUGGUGGAGCGAGGAUUGGUUCACCCAGACUGGCCACCAGCAAGGCAGAGGGGAAAUUAUGUCGACCCAGGAAUCGUCCGAGGUUACGAGUGCGCAGAAACCUUUGACUGCCCCACCCGCAGCGUCAUUUCUGGGAUCCUCCAAACUGAACUGGACGCCUAUGCCCAUGGAUGCGCCAGACAUUGGUAUGCCACCACCAUCUAGGAAGCGCAGCCGUGCUUUAUCGUUCUUGCAGCCCAAAGCCGAAGGAGGCCAGGCGUCUGGUAACACAGUUCACGAUUACAACGUCAGCAAGAGCCAGACAGCUUCCCCACCUUCAACAAAGGUCUCGCGGGACAGUACUUCAGUUGCUCCGAAAGGCAGUGGCCAGUUCAUACACAGCGACUUGUUGACCGCUGUCAAUAUUGCUGCAAGCAUCGAAGAACCCACACUGAAAGGACGCAUCGAUUCACUAAUUGGCUCUAACUUAGAUGUACAGGCCGAUGCAGCAGCGCAGGGACAAUUUCGACCUACUUCGAGCUUUACUAAUCAACAUCCAGGCAACAACGUCGGAAAUAACGUUGAACAGUACCACGGUUACUGGCCAUCUCUGGGGUACAACUUUGGUGUUGGCUCGUCGUCCCCCGUACCUGAGCCAACGGGAAUGAGGUUUUCUUCGCAACCGAACUUCAUCGACCCUACCACACCUUUCAUGCCACCGAUGGCCUCUGACCCAGUCUACAGGCACCAGCACAACUCCACGCAGCUCGACGAGGAGUUUGUGACUGACCCGGGCUUCUUCCUAGACUCAGGACUUGAUCAGAACUCGGGAUCGGAGCAGGACUCAGGGCUUGAUCGGAACUCAGGGAUGACCAAACAGCUAGCCUCCGGCUUCGAUGACGAAGGUGGCUAG